AUGGCCCACCGGAAGCGUCAGAGCGUGGCGAGCAGCCUGCUGGACCACAGGGUGAGGCCGGGCCCAGAGCCCGAGAGUGAGGACGCGGAGCUGGCCCUGGAGGAGUACGUGCCCACCAACCUGGAGCUGGCAGCCCUGCGGCCCGAGAGCCCAGCGCCUGCUGAGCAGGGUGGCCCCGACCAGAGCCCUGAUGGGGACUCCAGCUCCGACUAUGUGAACAACACCUCGGAGGAGGAGGACUACGAUGAGGGGCUGCCUGAAGAGGAGGAGGGCAUCACCUACUACAUUCGCUACUGCCCCGAGGAUGACAGCUACCUGCAGGGCACGGACUGUGACGGGCAGGGCUACCUGACUCACGACACGCGCCACCUGGAGACAGACGAGUGCCAGGAAGCAGUGGAGGAGUGGACGGAGUCCACGGGCCCGCACGCACAUGGCCACAGCGACCCGGGCAGCCCUGGCUACCGGGACGGCCACCUCUCUGUCCCUGAGGACGAGGCCUCGGUCCUGGACUCCCGGGACCAGGAAGAGGGUGUCCACUACUGUCCUGGCGAGGAGGCCUACCAGGACUACUACCCUGCCGAGGCCAAUGGGAAUGCAGGCAGCACGUCACCCUACUGCCCGAGGCGCAGGGACGGGGACCCAGAGGACCAGGAGGAGGACAUCGACCAGAUUGUGGCUGAGAUCAAGAUGAGCCUGAGCAUGAGCAGCAUCACCAGUGGUGGCGAGGCCAGCCCCGAGCGCACGCCUCGGGGGCCUGAGCCGGGGCCCAGGGACUCCCCCGAGGCCUGCCCGCAGGCCGAGGCUAGCCGUGGCCCCAGCAGACACGAGGGCAGGCCCAAGUCGCUGAACCUCCCUCCCGAGGCCAAGCACCCCACCGACCCUCAGAGGAGCUUCAAGACCAAGACCAGGACCCCGGAGGAGAGGCCCAAGUGGCCCCAAGAGGAGGUUUGCAAUGGUUUGGAGCAGCCAAGAAAGCAACAGCGCUCUGAUCUCAAUGGACCGGUUGACAAUAACAACAUCCCAGAGACAAAGAAGGUGGCAUCAUUUCCCAGUUUUGUGGCUGUUCCAGGGCCCUGUGAGCCAGAAGACCUCAUCGAUGGGAUCAUCUUUGCAGCCAACUACCUGGGCUCCACGCAGCUGCUUUCGGAGCGGAACCCAUCCAAAAACAUCAGAAUGAUGCAGGCCCAGGAGGCUGUCAGCCGGGUCAAGAGGAUGCAAAAGGCUGCCAAAAUCAAGAAGAAAGCGAAUUCUGAGGGAGAUGCCCAGACGCUGACGGAAGUGGAUCUCUUCAUCUCCACCCAGAGGAUCAAGGUGUUAAAUGCGGAUACACAGGAGACCAUGAUGGACCAUGCCCUGCGCACCAUCUCCUACAUCGCGGACAUUGGGAACAUUGUGGUGCUGAUGGCCAGACGCCGCAUGCCGCGCUCUGCCUCCCAGGACUGUAUUGAGACCACCCCUGGGGCCCAGGAGGGGAAGAAGCAGUAUAAGAUGAUCUGCCACGUGUUUGAGUCUGAGGACGCCCAGCUCAUCGCCCAGUCCAUCGGCCAGGCCUUCAGCGUGGCCUACCAGGAGUUCCUGCGGGCCAAUGGCAUCAACCCCGAGGACCUGAGCCAGAAGGAGUACAGUGACAUCAUCAACACCCAGGAGAUGUACAACGAUGACCUCAUCCACUUCUCCAACUCGGAGAACUGCAAGGAGCUGCAGCUGGAGAAGCACAAGGGCGAAAUCCUGGGUGUGGUGGUGGUGGAGUCAGGCUGGGGCUCCAUCCUGCCCACUGUGAUCUUGGCCAACAUGAUGAAUGGAGGCCCGGCCGCCCGCUCAGGGAAGCUGAGCAUCGGCGAUCAGAUCAUGUCCAUCAACGGCACCAGCCUGGUAGGGCUGCCACUCGCCACCUGCCAGGGCAUCAUCAAGGGUCUGAAGAACCAGACUCAGGUGAAGCUCAACAUCGUCAGCUGCCCGCCAGUCACCACUGUCCUCAUCAAGCGGCCGGACCUCAAAUACCAGCUGGGUUUCAGCGUGCAGAAUGGCAUCAUCUGCAGCCUCAUGCGUGGGGGCAUCGCGGAGCGGGGCGGUGUGCGCGUCGGCCACCGCAUCAUCGAGAUCAAUGGGCAGAGCGUGGUGGCCACUGCGCACGAGAAGAUCGUCCAGGCGCUGUCCAACUCGGUGGGAGAGAUCCACAUGAAGACCAUGCCUGCCGCCAUGUUCAGACUGCUCACAGGCCAGGAGACCCCGCUGUACAUCUAG